AUGGACUCUUUGGCAGGGUAUUCAUCAGACGAGGAGCCCGAAAACCUGCAGACCCAAAAAGAGCAACAGCGGCUUCCUGAUCCCCAGAGCUUUGUAACCUACUCGCAGAACUUCUCCAUGAAGCGUCUCGGAUUACACUCCGCAUUCGCAUACCUACCGUUGAAGCUUAGAAGCGAAACCAGAGUCUUGCUUCGAGAAUGUUUCCAGAACGUCCUUGAAAGUGUGUCAAAAAAGAUGCCUUCAGUCAAAAGUAGGUACUACUUCCAUUCUACAGAGCAGCGGCGGAACCAAUUGGUGGGACGCUAUUCUCUACUGAACAAGAACGCUAUGAACGAUAUUCACAUCACUUUGUUCCCAAACAUUUUCGGCGAAAGAAAUAAGAUCAAGAAUUUGGUGAGACUAGUUGAGAGAAACUUGAAAUCGGUCGAGCCUCCGGCCGACUUGUUGGCCACGAAGAACCUGAAUUUGGGUGUGAUGAUCCCUUCGCAGGACAAAGUGGUCUCUCUUCGCGUGGACACCCAGCUUUACGCUUAUAUGAGUUCACGAUCAGGUAAUAUAUUCAUUGCUCUCAAUGUGUUUGGACCCACGCGAUACGUUGAGCUGCCGGAGAAGUCAUACCUACGAAGUCUCACCAAAAUGAUUCAUGAUCAGGCUGAAAAGUCGCAGGUUCGAUAUCAGUGGGAGAACUUUAUUGGUGGCAAUAUGGAGAUCAAUAAGAAUGACGGGCUACCGGAAGUGAACUAUCACUGUCUGAUAAUCAUUGGUGAGGUCAAGCUUUUUGAGAAUCGUUUAACGACAGAGGAGUUCGCAGAGAUCCAGAGGAAUAUACGGGAGUUGGACAUCUCAAGCAUAGCGAACAAGCUCCGGUUAGAAUUUGACCGGUUGCUUUUUUUUGGAGACGGAAUUAUGCGUGGUGAUUUCCCGUUGCUCCCAAACAUGCCAUUAUCGAAAGAUGUCCUGGGCAAGAACGUCAAAGAGAAAAGAUCACGGACUCGCUCUCGUCAAACCUGA